GACCCAAUCCUCGCUUGCAGCCACAGAGCCAAAUGAGCCCAGCCAUGUCCCCUGUCCUCCAACCCCAUGUCACUCCAGACAGCUUCUUUCACACAACAUCCCCGCAGCCGACAUCCGCCAAUUCGCCCCUAGCCCCGGUCCUAGUCUAUUUUAUAUCGGGAAACCCGGGUCUCAUCUCCUAUUACCACCCCUUCCUCACCCUCCUGUCUGACAAGCUCCAAUCCCUCAGCACCAACCAGGAGAGCCCUCAUGCAUUCCACAUCCAUGGCCACAGCCUAGCCGGCUUCGAAGUAUUACCCCAAGACCCCCCACCCCCGGAGCACUACCACGACGUGGAAGAGCAGAUCUGCUUCAUCCAGAACCAACUCGACCACUUCGUGCAAGGCACGCACACCCCAACAGCGCCCAAACCACGCGUGAUCAUCAUGGGCCAUUCCGUGGGCACUUACAUUGCCAUGGAGGUGAUCCGGAGACAUCGUGAACGAUCCUCCUCCGCUGCUCCCAUCAACUUCGACAUCAUCGGCGGCGUCAUGCUCUUCCCUACCGUGAUGGACAUUGCCAAAUCCCCAUCCGGAAAGCAUUUGACUACCCUCCUAUCCUUCAUCCCCCAACUAGCACUAAUCGUGAGCAUCUUCGCCCGGAUCCUCACCACCCUUCUCCCGGACUUCGCUCUCCGUGCUCUCGUAAAAAGCUUCAUGGGCUCUCCGCCCCCUCAAGCCAUCGACACGACCUGCGCUUUUCUGAAGAGUAAGAAGGGCGUGAGACAGGCCUUACACAUGGCCGCCGACGAAAUGCGCACCAUCACGGCCGACAAAUGGGCCGAUGAGGUAUGGGGAAUUUCCUCAUCUGCAGAGGAGCCUCUCUCUCGCAUGUUCUUCUAUUUUGGGCGGAAUGAUCAUUGGGUUGCGGAGCAGACGAGAGACGAGAUUAUGGAGGCUAAGGGGAAGGGCAAGGGGGAAGGGGGGCCGACGAUGGUGGUUUGUGAGGAUGGGCUGCCGCAUGCGUUUUGUUUACGUGAGUACUCCGUAUCUCAGUUUGGUUGUGAUGAUUCCUUUUGGUUUUGGUCCCUGGUGGUUUGGUGCGCUGGGUGCUGAUUUUGGGGUGAUGGGUGUACAGGCCAUAGUGAGGUUACGGCGAGGAAGGUGGCCGGGAUGGUGAUGGAUAUUGUGGCUGGGUGAGUACUGGGUUGCAUGGUUGGGAUUACGGAGUAUAGACUAGAGACUUCCGAGGUGACGGGUCUAGAGAAUAAUGGUGAAGAUUGUAUAGCUGUAUGCUCAUGGGUAUCUCGUGACGAAGAUCAACAGGGAAGAAUCAUGUCAAAGAGCCAGUAGCGCCGCACU